AAACAGCAAACAGUGUCAAUUCAUUUUUGUUUGUGACACGGGGAAAAUAUUCACGCAAAUAAUUUGCGCGCAGGGGUCUAAUAAGGCGGAAUCUGCGCAAAUUAUUAUUCGUAAUAGCUUCCUAGAUUACAAUAAUGAAAUCCUAAUUUAUUAAAAUCCCUAAUUUAUCAUAUUGUAAGAGUUAAAGCAGUUCUAGAUUAGCAGCAACACGUUUGUUUACACAAUGGUUAGUAAAAUUCCUGUAACGUUUCAACACAACCGGGGUUUCGUCUACGAUGCAGAAGACUAUCUGAAACUCCGUUCCACUCAUCGGAUCGUCGGAAACCUGAUAGGGACACCUGUCUCCAAACCACGAAGCGCUACAAGUUAUGGUUUACCGGCGGUACUGACCCCGUUGGAGAUUCAGCUGGGACUUGACGAAGGACUCAUCGAGCUAAUAGAUAAGAACACAGUGCUAACGAGCUGUCCCAGUGAGGUAGCAAAGCAGCAGUUUGCCUCGCUAAUUCAGCAACAAAUUAAUGAGCAAAAACAACCGAUCGUAGAGAAGAGAAUGGCCGAAUUCAAACGGCUUUUGCCCACAAUCAUCGAGGGCAAGCGCAAAAAGCUGUUAAAAAGCGGAAUCAAAGAAGCAGACCUUUCGAUUGAUGCAGACACACUAGUGAAGGAAGAAGUCAGCAAGCUGGAAACCAUGGAAUUUGAAAAGUUGGUACAAAUUCCUCAUGAAUAUCCUCUUAGUGCAGAAUAUACUCACCAUGAAUACGACCUCCCCAAACAUGAGCAUCACAAAUACAAAAUAUUCAAGGAUAUCUGGAGAACUCGUCCAGUUUUCAUAACGGGAGGCGACUCCUUCGGAUGCGAUUUCCUUCUCUAUCCAGGAGAUCCACUCUACUACCAUGCUUCUCACAUGGUUCACAUCCUGACAGAUGAAGCACAACGACUAGAUGUUAAAUAUCUCAUCCGAUGCUGUCGGCUGUCUGUGGUGGUCAACAAAGUUUGUGUUUUUGCAUUCGAAGGGCCAAAUGGGGAUAUUAGCUAUCAAACAAUGGAGUGGGAAGGUAAUGUUCCAGAACCAAUAGAAAUAGGGGCUAAAACAUAAUGCCUGCCAAUACGAAAAAACGGGGAUAACCCGUAAGUUACAUAAAUAAAUUAUACCACAUUA